AUGCGGCAGCCGGCGCCCGCCCGCCGGUGUAUACGCUGCGGCGCAGCCCGGGAGAGCGCGGGCCCGGCCGCCACCUUCUCGCCCUCUCCAGCUCCCGCCCCCUUCCGAGCCCCGCGCGGAGCCACCGCCGAGGUGCACUGGGACAGUGGGGUGCACGGCCCAAGAGAGGUGUUCUCUUGGUCCCCGGAGCCCAGCGUGGCUGAGAUGCAGCUCCAAGACCAGAGGCUCCUGCUCACGCUGAGGCACCUUCACCGUGUCCUGGAGGAGCUGCGUGCUGAGAGUGCCCAAUGGGAGGAUGCCAAGUCCAGUGGGGGGACAUCCCCCAUCAGAGCUCGAGCAGGCUCUGAAGGCAGGGGCCACCAGCCCUUAUCAUCCAGGCGGCUGGCCCAGCUCCUCCAAGGGUUAGACAGCAGACGAAGCUCCCUCCCUUAACUGGCUAGAGAUGACCCUGGGCUUGAACCCUCCCACCACUAGUCAAGCUUUGCGAUGUUGUGGGGGGAGAACACUGGAAUGGGAGUCAGGAAGUCUCUGGAUUCACCUCUGCCCUCAUCCACGAUGUGUCCCUGGGCCCAUCACUCAACUGCUCUGUGUCACUCUAUGUUCCUUUUUUGUCACUUAUCAGCAUUUUUGAUGAGGCACAAAUACAGUAUUGGAUGAGAACAUGCUUUGAAAAUACAAACAUGCUACAUGGCUUCCGUCAAGCUCCAUGAAAGUAAUCCUAUCCUUGGGAAUUUCUCACAAAGUGAUUGUUAAAACAAAGAAAGAGUUCGGUGUGUGAGGAUAUUCAUCUAGUGUUUCCAUGAUGAAAAAUGGAACCCUGUGUAAUGACUUGAUGGUUGUUUUCUGUCUUCCCAAUAGGCCUUCUCAUUCCCCUUUAUCUGAAAACAACAGACCAUGUCACCGCCCUGGCCAUAGGAAUGGGCAUGUGAUCAGGCCUGCCCAAUUCUAAUCCAUGGUCACCCUAACAACAUGACUGACCCAGUGGGUGGGGCAUAUGAUGCAACACAGCCAAUCAUAGCCCUUCUCUGGAAUUACUAGCUGGAUUACUAGCUUGUUCUACUGCAGUUGCAAAGCUGGAGCUGCCAGUGGCCAUGUUUCCUGCCAAGUGAAGAAGAUCUGUCUGCACUAGGAAAGAACGAGGCUAAUCUUCAAAGAGAAGAAGAGAGAGGUCCACGUGACAUAAGCCAAGAGGAAGAGUGCUUGCUCUUUUUUUAGUCCCUGGUUUUGGGCCCUCAUUCUAUGAGUUACCCCUGCAUUCUUUCCAGUGACUAAAACCAGUAAAUUCUACCACCACCACACACACCAAUUUACUUUUGUUUAGCUGAUUUGAGUAAGGUUUCACUCAUUUGCAACCAAAGUGGUCCUGAGGAAUACAAUCCAGAUGUUCAAAGAAACAAACGAGGGAAACGAUGAGGAAAACAGCAUUUCACUCACUCGGGAUUGGCAAUAACAACCCUGUAGCAGCAGGCAAUAAGGUUUAUGAUGUGGCAGAAUACUCAGUUGUACUGGGUGCUGGAGUCAUAACUUUUAAAAAGUAUAUCUGCCUAUAAGAAAGAUUUUAAAAUGGAACUGGUGGGGGGAAAAAAGUCCUGGUAUUAAGAUGGUCCCAUUAUUGGUAGGCCUUUUUAUUUCUGAAAAUCGACCUGCAUGUUGUUAAAAUAUUGUUUUUAUAGCUUUGAAAAAGUAAACCCACUGCGCACAGAAGCAAAUUUGGGAGGGGUGUGUUAUUAUGU